AUGUACACCCGCGCCCUCCUCAUCGCCCUCCUUAUCGCCCUCGGCGCGAGCGGCACCGCCUCGGCGCGCCUGGUCGACCGCCAGGCUCUCCUCGCCUUGCGGCAGUCGUCCGGCCAGGAUGAGACCAGGACCAGAGGUAACUGCACACAGAUGAGCAACAAGUGCAACUUGCAGGGCCGAGACGCCCAGGUUUGCCCGGCGGACUACAACAGGUGGCAGUGUCCAUUCGACGGUGCCCCUUGCGUUCUUGUUGAGCCAAAGGCGGAUUCAAGCCGCAAACCUGAAGUGCGAUGCGGAUACCUUGGUAACACAUGA